CUUCAGGUUUUGCAGGUGGAACACCAUGUUUACCGACAACUUUGCCGCAGACAUGAAAAUAUCUGGGCCGUUGAUCCAAGUGCUAUGUUUGGAUUCGCGCGCCAUCGCAACAUUGAGGCUACUGAACCGUGUCCCGAGAUCCAAACAACAAUCGCCAGCUUGCCACGAGACUCUGAUGGCCUUGUUUGAGAUAUAUGGAUCUGGCUUGGGACUUCCUGUGGUCUGUUUCUAAUGUUACCAAGACUGACUGGAUACUUGUUUCUGCCGCACCGCCAUAUUUCAUCCUGUGGGCAAUAACCGUUGAUUCCUCCGAGCUGUUACUGACCAUUAUUCAUUACUACUUUCCUAUUGUUUUCCUACUAUACUCUCUUUCAAACUGACUUUCUAGCGUCACGUUAUUGGUAAUAUUAUUCAGACAUUGCCAGGCAGCGACACACCUUCUAAGACAGACUGCCAGCUGCCUCCGAGAGAUGCCUUCGAUAAUGAAUCAACUUCAACAAUGAAAUGUCUUUCACGACAAUACCUCCACCCAGCUGUCCGAACUCAGCCGCAUCGAUCAUCUAAUUGACCAUUUCGAGGAUAUCCCAACUUUCUGCCAUUAAGUUGCUCUCCCUUUCAACCUCCAGUCCUGCCAGCAUGGUGACCAGUUUCGAGCCCUCUGGAAAUUCGCAGCAGAUGUUCCAGGCAAGAUUAUUGCAACAAGAUCGGCGAGGCCCGACGCCUGCCUUUCCGUUCUCCUCGCCCCCAACUGAGACCUUUACCACGUUCAAACCUAGCAAUGGCGGCACGAGCUUGGCCACGAACAACCCCUUUUUGUCUUCGAACGCGUUCGCGUCCGGCCUAUCUGAGGAUGAAAGCGCUUCAUCAAGCGGAGAAGAUGAGUUUCACUUGGAGCGAUAUAGUCAAGACACUCCGAGUAACCGGCCGACCACAGGAACAGGGCACGAACCCCCUGAUAGGCGGAAGAAGCAGCAUCAAGACUCGACUUCCGAUCCUGACAGGCGGCGCCCAGGACUGAACAUUGUCACAAAUUUCUCGGUUCCCUCGCAACGAUCCCGGACUGAGGGCAUUCUCGUGGACAAAGUGCAGUCACAGAGACCUCAGCUCGGUCAGAGAUACGCUACUGCUUUGGUGUCAGCAAAGGCUGAGCAUGUCAACCAGACAAUGAUUGAUCUUGCUCUAGAGUACUCUAUGGCGCCGCCGGUUUUCCAGUCCAAAGCUCCCGAUUGUGACAGAAAACGUGCACGGCCAGCCCAUUCAAGAUGGCAAGAGCUGCAGGCAGCUCAAAAGAACGUCGUGGGCGGUUUGGAGAAACAACAGGCGGUGUCACUCAAUGAUCAAGCUUCCAUGGCCACGAUUGACCUGGAUUCGGCCAGAAGCAAGGACUUUUCUCCCGAUGAUCGAUCGGUCGUUAUCGGACUGAGCAUUCCUCAGAGUGAAGCGGAUGCCCAUCCAUCGAAGCACAAUCUCGAUAGUGCCGCAUCAGCGCAGACCCCAGAGACACCCGCAAUUGUCAUCACGCCAGCUGAAGAGACAGACUCAUGGAAAUCUUCCUUCUUACGCAGGGCACGGCCUCCAUCCAGCAUCUACUCCGUACAGGCCCGGUCCCAUAAUUUGAAAAAUGGAGCAAGUCCUCCACCUGUUCCGAGGCUGCCAAGUGCACAUGUGAGAGACAGCCCGCCCGUAGUGGGCGCGAGUAUCGAGCAUCCUUCAGAAGUGCCAAGUCGCGAACAUGAGGAGGACUGGAUAUCUGGAGACGAGAAGGAUUCUGAAUCUGCUGAGAGCCUGCGAAGAGCUUCAUCGGAGAGUCAGGAGCAUAUUCUUCCGCUAGAAGGCGACAAGGCUCGGCCUAGAUCGCAGGGCUGGUGGAACCUCAUGCUCUCGCCCAUGCUGUCAAGAAAAGGUACUGUAUCAGACAAAACCCGCGUCAAGGACACCCAAAGACCGCCAGUACCUUCACCGGAGGGUUUCGGAAAACAUAACUCAGUUUCAUCUCUAGUUGCAGAAUCGCCUGAAACUCCACGACGACUUGGGCUAGCCAGUCCGAGGGCGAGCAUGUCAUCAAGAUGGACUUUCUGGGCAAAGGGACGUGGGGAGGGGUCGCAAGAGGAUCAGGUGGAAAGAUUACCUGUGCGAUCGCAAGAAUCGAGUCCUCCAGCCGAAGAGGCCAAGGCACUCCCAUCCUGCGAGCCUUUCGAAUAUCUCGGAACUGGACUUGCGGCAGAAUACUAUCAUGCAUGUGCCGUGGAGCAGUUAAGCGGUACUCGAUAUUUCGAAUGCCAGAAUCAUUCUUGCGAAGAAAAAUUCCCUCUGCUGCAUUCCAUAUUUGAGCCCGAAGCGUUGGGAGAGGUCGAUGCACAGGAAAACAACGCCAAACGAGUCUCGGGAAAUGCGAGACAGGGUGAUGCAUCAGAAGACAGGGUCAAGAGUCAUAUUACGGUGCGCUCCGAACCUGAGGAGCUGUCACCGAGCGUGAGGGAAGCAAAUGCGGCAACCGUGACCAAGGCUAGAGCGGUCGAAGCGCCUGUUGCUGCCGAGGUAUACUCCCCCGACGUGAAAGAUGAGGAGAGUGCAGCGAACGACGAGUCAAUUCCUGCCCAGGAGGAAGCACGUUCAUUUGACUCACGCCCUCCUCAUCGGAACCCACAAUUACCCAACAUUGCUGCUGUGACGCCGGCACACGUCGUUCAACCCCCAGUUCGGUCACCCGGUCCCAUCUCACCAGGGAUGCAACAAAUGAUGACAUCCCAGGGAGCCGUCCCUAUGUCAGAAAUCAGCCGGCCUUCGAACGAGGCCCGGUCAGUUGAACAAACGACAAUGCCGCCUGAGAGCCAACCCUGGGCCCAAACGCAGCCGCCAUCAGUGACUAUCCAGAAUCAUACCACCUAUGCAGAGUGGUCUAGGCAUGUGCCUGGGCCGGUAGCUUUGCAGGCCAGAAAGGAGUUCAUCGAUUCUUCACCCGAGGCUACGACCAUAGGCCGAGAAAUGGACCGGUCGGCUACACAGAAGCCAAAACCAGCCAGCAGCCAGGAGAUUGAUGGCCCUAAGAAACCUGGCCUUUUUUCCAAGCUCAAGUCUUUGCUCAUGAAGAAAGGGUCGCAGGGCAAGGAAGACUCAACAUCCAAGAAGCGCCGCUGGACGCUAAUCGUCGCCAUCCCCUUGCUACUGAUCGUGAUAGCAUGUAUUCUAUUGGCAACGCUGCUCACACGCAAGGGAGAUGGCACUCCUGUCCAGAACCAGUGGCUCAACCUGACAGGCUAUCCUCCAAUUCCAACAGGCAUCUCUACCAUUGCCAUGCCCGAUGCCAUCAAAGAACAACCUCGAUGCAUAGCGCCCACGACGAUGUGGACUUGCGCACUUCCCAAAGAGAACCAGGCUGAAAUAGCACCUAACAAUCCAGAUCAACCAAACUUUCGCUUCGAAAUCACCUUCAAGAAUGGAACGGUGCCAGCCAAUCUAACCAUCCCGGUCGACAAAAUCUCAAAGAGGUCAAGCAGUCUAUCAUCUCGAGCAAACGACCCCUUCACCAACGACUUGUUCGACCCGAAUCCAGCCCCACCCAGCCGAGCCGACCAGAUUUUCAUGGGCAACACGACAGACAACAUAAGCGCGCCCUUUCAGGGAGAAGACACACCCUUCUUCAUGACCUUCAUUCCCGUGUUUCCCGUCGAUCCAUCAAACGCUACGCAGAGCAGCAUCAGGCCCAGCUCGGCCCGGCUUCUUGCGCGACAAGCCAGCAAUAACUCCGACUCGAUUCCCGCGCCAGAUGUGCUAAACGACGGCAGCGCAGCCCCGGCCAAUCUCCUCCCAACCUCCCCAUACCCGACUUCUCAGCCCAUUAAACUAUACAAUCGGGGCCAAGUCGACGAACAUUUUGGGUUCUACAUGUAUUACGACAAGUCCAUCUUUCUACGCUCGACGGCACCCCUCAACACGUCCGAAUUUGCAACCAACAACGGGAUCGAUCCACAGGAUCAGGACGGUGGGUCGACGCGAGAUCAGUCACGUUUGCGCUGCACGUUCGCUCAGACGCGCUUCAUUGUGAGGAUCUGGACGAACCCCGCAUUCGGAGCGACACUCCUGAGUCCAAUCUCAGGUGCAAACAGCACGAGUAUGAGUAACAACUCGGCAACCGAUUUCAGUCGGCCCGGCUCGUUCCCUUAUCCGAGCACGAUCAGUCUGGACCGGCAUGGAGGGAAUAUCAACAAGAAGGCAGUUUAUUGCUACGGUGUGGACAACUUGCAGGUCAUUCAGGACGAUGUCAAGGGCAUUGUGCCGGAGCUGCGAGGGGUAGGUGGGCAGUUGAUCAAUCCGGCGCCGCCUCUAGUGGAUGAGAACAGUUCACUUGAUGCGACGGCGACAGACGGCUUCGAUCCUGAAGCGGGCGGGAUUGACGGUGGAAGCGGUGGAUGUGAAUGUGCAUGGCAGAAUUGGAAUUGAGCGAAUAUCAAAAGGGCAUUUUGCAUUGAUGUACAAACAACUGGAGCAUUUGAUGGCGUUUGAAAACCCCUACAGGUGGAGGAGUCUGGCGUGAGGCGGAUAUAUUGUUCAUGUGCUGAUAGUGGUGAAUACGAG